AUGGCUCCGUGUGAGGCCUUGUAUGGGCAGAAGUGCCAAUCUCUACUUUGUUGGUAUGAGACUGGUGAAGUAAGUGUUUUAGGUCCUGAUUUGGUAACAGAGACUACUGAGAAGAUUAAGAAGAUUCGGGAGAGGAUUCUAACGGCACAGAGUCGACAUAAAAGUUAUGCGGAUCAAAGAAGGAAACUGUUGGAGUUUGAAGUGGGAGAACAUGAAUUCCUGAAGGUUACACCGACAACUAGGAUUGGAAGAGAAAUCAAAACAAAGAAGUUCAAUCCGAGGUCGGAUGCAGCUCAUGUGUUAGAGCCCGAGUCGGUCGAGUUGAGGGAGAACUUGACGUUUCAAGUAACACCGGUGCGAAUUGAUGACACUAGUGUGAAGAAACUGCGAGGAAAUGAAGUUUCAUUGGUUAAAGUUGCUUGGAAAAGGUCUGGAGUAGAAGGGCAUACUUGGGAGUUGGAGUCUGAGAUGCGGAAGGAUUAUCCCAAGCUAUUCUGGGGUAAUCACUAA